UGAAAAAGCUGGAUGUCGACUUUUCUUGCAGCUCUGCAAGGUGCUGCACUCUUGUCUCAUCUGUUUCAACAUUAAGGCUCCAGGUUUUCAAGGAUUAUCAUGGAGGAUCCAAUUGAUUACAAAUCAACUGAAGACAUUAAAAAAGCAUUAGAAAGCAAUAAUCCAGCCUUGGCUGUUAAAAUGAUCCAGAAGUAUUUGGACAAGGAGAAUGAUCUUCCACUAAAUAUUGCUGUCACAGGACAGUCUGGCUCUGGUAAAUCCAGCUUUAUUAAUGCCUUCAGAGGCAUAAAUGAUUGGGAUGAAGGAGCUGCCCCUACUGGUUCUACUAAGGAAAUCACCACAGAGGUUACACCAUACCCCCAUCCAAACUUUCCCAAUGUCAAACUCUGGGAUCUUCCAGGUAUCGGCACACCCAACUUUCCAGCUGACAAGUACCUGAAGGUUGUUGGAUUUGAGAAUUUUGACUUCUUCAUCAUCAUCUCAGCUGAUCGCUUCAGUGAAAAUGAUGGAAAGCUUGCCACGGACAUUAAGAAGAUCAAGAAAAAGUUUUACUUUGUUCGCACAAAGAUUGACAUUAACAUAAGUAAUGAGGAAAGACGUCAGAGGUCAGAGUUCAACGCAGAAAAUACUCUUAAACAAAUCAAGGAAUACUGCAUUCAAAGUCUUAAAAAACAACAUGUGGUCUUUCCUCAAGUCUUCCUGGUGUCCAACCAACAUCUCCGCCUGUAUGACUUCACUCUCUUGUUGAACACCUUAGAGAGAGAACUUCCUGCACACAGACGUGCUCUGCUGCUGGCCAUGCCCAACAUCAACCUGGACUUCAUCAACAAGAAGAAAAAGGCUUUUGAUUCUGACAUAAAAUACAUUGCAACAAGUAGUGCAGCUGUAGCAGCUGUACCAGUUCCUGGGCUCUCUGCUGCUGUUGAUUUGAGUCUGUUGGUUUAUGUUGUUACACAAUAUGUUAAAGGGUUUGGGCUUGAUAAACCAUCACUGCGGAGACUUGCUGAUGGAACAGGUGUGCCAUUGGAUGAUCUGAUUGCCAUCAUAGUUUCACCACUGGCUGUAGUAAAAAUAACACCAGAGCUUGUCCUGAGGCUGCUUGCUCAAGUUGGAGGUGCAGCUACAUUACUGGCAGCAGAGGAAGGGUCCAGAUUCAUCCCAAUACUUGGAAUCCCAGCAGCAAUGGCCCUCUCUUUCACCUUCACCUACAGAGUUCUCAAAACAUUCUUAGACAAGCUUGCUGAGGAUGCACAGAGGGUGUUUGAAAGGGCCCUUAAAGGUUAAUGGCAACUGCAUUUCGUGGCACAGUUAAAAACUGCUGAGUUUUUUUUAUUAUUAUUAUGGUUAGACUGCAUUGUAUUUUGUCAUUUUUUUGUUUUAAUUUUGUAAAUACUGUAUACAAAUCAUAAUCUUGUAUCCUAGCUGCACAUUUUUAACAAUCAUGCAUUAUACAUUUCUACUUGAUCAUUCCAUCCAGUGGCCUCUUUAUAGGUGUUAUUUAGUCUUGUAAUAGCAGAUAUUAAAUUUCUUAUUGCUUAUAGUACAGUAAAACAUGCCUCUUUAUCCUGGGAAGGAAUUAACUAUAUGUUAAUAUAAAACUACUGAGCAACAAAACUUUUUAUUUUUCUGUGAUGGAUUCACACGUUUUAAUCAUUUUCUAAACACAGCUUGAAAAUAUACUUUAAACUUUUUGUGUCAUGAUUGUUAAUAAUUUCUGUAUUCAUAGUAACCAUUUAGUUAUCAGUAUAGUCAAUGUACUCCUAUUUACACAAGGGAAGGACAGAGUAUUAGAAACACCACUGUCUUGUCUUAUUGUUUUCGCUCCAAAGGUCUUAUCCAGUGAAAUGGGUUAUUGUGUCUUAUGUGCACCUGCAGAUGACUGUGAUGAGUGUUUGCUGCCUUUCAAGGGUUCCUGUAUGGAAUUACAACACAAUGUCAGUCAAGCUAAAAUGUAUAUGUUAAUUGUUAUUUUAAUCAUCAUGAUUGCUAUUACUACUCUGUCACUUUUACUGAUAAAAAAAAAAAUCAGUAUAUCACAGGGAUGACGCCAGUAUCAAUAUGGUGUUAAUUCUUUUGUUCAUUGUGCGAAUAAAGAUCAUAGACAAAAAAAAA